AUGCGCUUCAGCCUGUUCACCCUCUUCUCCUACGUCGCCAGUGUCCUAGCUGGGCGGUACAUCGUCUUCUUGGCUCCUGCAACCAAUAUUGACCAGUUCGUCGACAAGCUCCGUCUACUCGACAGCGAUCUCAAGGUCAUCACCAAGUGGGACAACCCUGCGCCUGGUCUUUAUGGUGUCGUUGUCGACACCAACGUGUGGAAUGUCUGGUCCCUGCGCAAGUUCCGCGAGGUCAGACUUGUCGAGGAGGAUCGGAUUGUCACGCUUACCCCUUUGCCGACUGCGGGCUUGCCGGCGGAGCCCCAAGACACCCCCUUCCCUCUGCCUGGCUGGAGCUGA